AUUGGGGCUUGACUUCAGCUUGUUAACGUAACCUGCUUUAAAACGAAUGUUCCAAGUUCUGCUACCCCGCAGCAUCAGUGAUUGGGGUUCAGCCCUGACCUGUGGCGCUGUCCAUGUGGGUUUUAUUCGAAGGGUUCAGUUUCGUUCCACAUCCCAAAGAUGUGCAGCUUUGUAAGCAGCGACUGUAAAUUGCCUUCGGUGUAAGUGGGCAGUAGAAGCUGGAGGAAGUUGAUACCAUUGUGGCCAAAUGGAUUACGGGUAAAUUAGUGAAGGCAUAGGAUUACUCUGAGCUAGCAUCAACUUGAUAGGCUGAACGGCUUCCUGCUGUGUGGUAACUAAUUAUAUGAGACGUUUCUCCUUUUCUCAUCUGUUGUAUAGCCUUUAUUUUCACCUCACUGUCACUGGUUUUUUCUUCAACUUUUUAUGCUUAAACUACUACAGCAUCCUCAGAAGUUUCGUUUUAUUUCUUUGAGCAGCUCCUUAAAAUCUUUCGCCCAGAUUUAGAUCAAAUCCAAGUGUAAGUGGCUCAGUGCUAGAUUUGGUCUAAUGUUCACGAUGUGAAGCAUUUGGGAUGUUUUUGGUGAAGUGUGCCGACACAGACAUCUUGGCCGCUGAGAGCACCUGUCGAUGGAGGGAUUUGGGGGACUUGUGUUGAAGGUGCUAUCAAUAUGGCUGAUCCUGGGGAUUACUCUCAUUAUGUUGCCUGCCAUGUUUGGUGUUUCACUGGGAAUUACAGAACUUUACAUGAAGAUUCUGGUCAAGACACUUGAGUGGGCCACUCGGAAAAUAAAGAAGACAGCCCAGGAGAAGCCUGGCCAAUCCUAUUCACCCUCCAACGAAAUUAUUGAGAAGCGUGGUAAAGCCUCCCUGGAAGAAGAGUUCACGGAACUGAGGCGGUAUUCAAGCAGAAGCAAGGCUGUUCCUGAGGGCAACUUUGACCUCUCUGAUGUGUUCUACUUCUCAAAGAAAGGAUUUGAGGCCAUUGUCGAGGAUGAAGUGACUACUCGGUUCAGCUCAGAAGAGUUGGUCUUGUGGAACCUGUUAACGAGAACCAACAGAAACUUCCAGUAUAUCAGUGUUCGACUGACCAUCCUCUGGGGUCUGGGAGUUGCCAUUCGAUAUGGGGUCCUUCUACCCCUGCGGAUCACUUUGGGUGUGAUUGGUAUUAGCUGGUUGGUGAUUGGAACCACUUUAGUAGGACAGCUACCAAACAGCAGUGUGAAGAUGUGGCUCAGUGAGCUUGUUCACUUGAUGUGCUAUAGGAUAUGUGCAAGGGGACUGUCUGCAUCAAUCCGUUACCACAACAAGGAAAACAAACCAAAGAGAGGAGGUAUUUGUGUAGCAAACCACACAUCACCAAUAGAUGUCGUUAUACUGGCCAAUGAUGGAGGUUAUGCAAUGGUUGGACAAGUUCAUGGAGGACUGAUGGGAAUUAUUCAGAGAUCCAUGGUCAAAGCUUGUCCACACAUCUGGUUUGAACGUUCCGAAAUGAAAGAUCGCCAAAUUGUAUUAAAAAGACUAGGUGAUCAUGCUGCAGAUAAGACAAAGCUACCAAUAUUAAUAUUCCCUGAGGGUACCUGCAUAAACAAUACCUCAGUUAUGAUGUUUAAGAAGGGAAGCUUUGAGAUAGGAGCUACUAUCUAUCCCGUUGCAAUCAAGUAUGACCCUCAGUUUGGUGAUGCCUUUUGGAACAGCAGUAAAGAUGGAAUGGUGAGCUACCUGCUGCAAAUGAUGAGCAGUUGGGCAAUUGUCUGCAAUGUAUGGUACUUGCCUCCAAUGACUAGACAGGAAGGGGAAGAUGCCGUGCAGUUUGCCAAUCGAGUAAAAGCAGCCAUAGCACAGCAAGGAGGCCUCGUGGAUCUUUCCUGGGACGGAGGCCUGAAAAGAGCGAAAGUUAAAGCCAGUUUUAAAGAACAGCAACAGAAAUACUACAGCAAGACAAUUGUUCGGAAAAAAAGCAGUGAAGAGAAAUGAAAUGCUUGUCCAGACAUCCCUUCUCAGGGUCAUGGUUUACAUCUUCACGUCACUUGGGUUGAUUGAAUGUCUUCAUUCUAUUUUUGUAAUAUGAGCAAAUUUAUACGCAAAAUCCUAAAUAGAAGAGUAUCUAUAAAUGUUAAAGAUUCAGCUGGGUAUGAGUGACAACUUAUGAAAAAUGCAGCUGGACGAUCAGUAUCAAUGCAUCUUGUUCUUUAAAGCAAUGCCCAGGGGUUUAAUAACUGCAAUUUGAUGGCAAAUCUUGGUGCGAAUAUUCAUCUUGGUGCGAAGCCAUGACAUUACCCUACUGCCAGCUCCUUUAGUGAGCAGCAAAAGAAGCUGGAGACCAAGACUGUGCAACUUUGCCUGUUCCGGUGCAGGCCUUGGCUUUUUGAUCAGAAGCUAAGUUUUUAAGAAGCUAAUACCAUUUGGAGAAAAAGAAGACAAAAUGAAAAGGAUUAGAAAACAAUUCUUAUUCUAGUUCAUAUAUUAAGUGGCUUUCUCGUUAACCUCUGGAUUGUGUUCACGUCUGUUUGUUUAAGUGAUUGAUCUUGUAUGAGAGGAAAGUUUGGGAUUGCUGAAAUAGGAAUUGUCGUCAUGUAAAUGAUAUCUGCAGCUUAUGGAUGUUCUUUGACUCAGUAGCAGUAGGUGGUGAAGUUGUGUGUUUUAGCUUUGAAGAAUAUUUUGACUGCCACAGAUAUUUUCAAAGGAAACUUAAAAUAACCUGAUAACUGCAGGUUUGUUGAAAGCUAGAUAGAUUUUUAUUUGUUUAGAACAUUCCCAAAGAGAGUUUAAAACCCCCAAAAAAAUCUGCUACUUGAUACUCAAUUAAGAUUUUUUUUCCAGACCAAGCUGAUUGUAAUCUGCAAAUAAGUUAAUAGGUCGAAAACACACCACAAUACCAACACCACAGUAUGUGAGUUAAUGCCCAAUUGUUUUCAAAGCAGGAAAAAGAUUUGGAUUUUGAAGAAAUAUUUCCAGUGGUGUUUAAACUAAAUCUUUGUAGAAUUAUUUUGUUAUCCUUCAUUCCGGUUGCCUGGGUAUAAUAUGUUAGGAAGUUCCUGUGCCAAUUUCAGGGACUGCCAAAGAUACCAAAAAGCAAAGGAUGCUUUCUCAAUGGUCAGUGCAAUUAAUUAUUUCUACCAUGGCGACAGGUAGUACAUUUGCGCAUUAUUUUAUCAUAAAUUAGGGCAAUCCCUGCUUUGUAAUUGCAAGUUUGUUAAUACCUUAAAAUGUGAAACUGGCAAAACCAAUUCAUUUCACACCACAUGGUAUCAGCAUGGUAUCUCAUAAACAUGAAUCUGUUUAAUAUACUUUCUUUUUGUUCUGAAACAAAAAUACAGGUAACUGCCUCAGCUGAUGAAACACAUUUUUGUAUUCACAUCUUUCUGACUUAUUUAAUUUCAACUUGAAUAUAAAUGUGUCAAUUUUUUUCCUGCUCGAGGGAUGACAAAAGAUGUUUUUCCUUACAAGGAUGUAACAAAUUGCAAACACACAAGUGCUGACCAUUGAAUUCUGAAAUAAGCUGUGAAUAAUAGUUAGAAACAGGAUUUCUUAAAAAUUGCCUUUACUGAUUCUUUAACGUGUAAUCAGAUUGAAUGUCAGAUAGGAAAGACUUGAUUCUAACUAAAUCGCAGUUUAAUGUAAAAAAAAUCCUCACCAGGGAUACACAACAAGAAAUUAAGAUCACAGACUUUACACUUUGUUAAUUGUGAUAUUAGAUGUCCUUAUUUGUGGUCCUUUGUUGGUAACGUUAUGAAGAGAUAAAGGAUGGUCAAGAAGUGCAGAUAGUUUAUUGAGUUCUCAGGGAUAUGGCUGGGCAAGCUUAUUGGUUUCCAAUGCACAGUUAAUUUGGAAUUGGUCAAUAGAUAUUUUUGAAAUUAAUGGCAAAACGCCAGUUUUUGAGGUACAAAAGGCUUUUACUGGUUUAUGUUAGAUUCUUUUUAUAAUUUACAUUGUGCUGUUAGUAUUUUGUAUUUCAAAAUUAUCACUGAAAUACAAAACUUGAUAACCAGAGAGAAAGGUAACAAAACAAUGUUUGUCUAAGCAACCCUAAUAUUUGGCAUAUACUGUGUAUCUGAACCAGAUUCUGGAAUGUCAGAUUUAAGGUAAAGCUACCAGUGUAGAAGUGGAUGCAGGUGGACCUGAACUGGUGUCUCCUGAGGUUCAUAAGUCUGCCUCAAAUUGAUACUCACAACACGCUGGAGGAACUCAGCAAGUUGGGCAGCAUCCGUGGAAAAGAUCGGUCGACGUUUCAGGCCGGAACCCUUCGUCAGGACCGAAACGUCGACCGAUCUUUUCCACGGAUGCUGCCUGACCUGCUGAGUUCCUCCAGCGUGUUGUGAGUGUUGCUUUGACCCCAGCGUCUGCAGAUUAUUUUGUGUUUAUGCCUCAAAUUGAUCCUCCCAAGGAAGGUAAAACAAGCAAUUCCAUUUGGGCUGGAUAAAAUGAUGAGUGUUCUGGAAAACUGCCAAUACAGGCAUUAAGUAGGAUAUAGAAACAUAGAAACAUAGAGAAUAGGUGCAGGAGUAGGCCAUUCGGCCCUUCGAGCCUGCACCGCCAUUUAUUAUGAUCAUGGCUGAUCAUCCAACUCAGAACUCCGCCCCAGCCUUCCCUCCAUACCCCCUGAUCCCCGUAGCCACAAGGGCCAUAUCUAACUCCCUCUUAAAUAUAGCCAAUGAACUGGCCUCAACUGUUUCCUGUGGCAGAGAAUUCCACAGAUUCACCACUCUCUGUGUGAAGAAGUUUUUCCUAAUCUCGUUCCUAAAAGGCUUUCCCUUUAUCCUCAAACUGUGACCCCUUGUUCUGGACUUCCCCAACAUCGGGAACAAUCUUCCUGCAUCUAGCCUGUCCAAUCCCUUUAGGAUUUUAUACGUUUCAAUCAGAUCCCCCCUCAAUCUUCUAAAUUCCAACGAGUACAAGCCCAGUUCAUCCAGUCUUUCUUCAUAUGAAAGUCCUGCCAUCCCAGGAAUCAAUCUGGUGAACCUUCUUUGUACUCCCUCUAUGGCAAGGAUGUCUUUCCUCAGAUUAGGGGACCAAAACUGCACACAAUACUCCAGGUGUGGUCUCACCAAGGCCUUGUACAACUGCAGUAGUACCUCCCUGCUCCUGUACUCGAAUUCUCUCGCUAUAAAUGCCAGCAUACCAUUCGCCUUUUUCACCGCCUGCUGUACCUGCAUGCCCACUUUCAAUGACUGGUGUACAAUGACACCCAGGUCUCGUUGCACCUCCCCUUUUCCUAAUCGGCCACCAUUCAGAUAAUAAUCUGUUUUCCUAUUUUUGCCACCAAAGUGGAUAACUUCACAUUUAUCCACAUUAAAUUGCAUCUGCCAUGAAUUUGCCCACUCACCCAACCUAUCCAAGUCACUCUGCAUCCUCUUAGUAUCCUCCUCACAGCUAACACUGCCACCCAGCUUCGUGUCAUCCGCAAACUUGGAGAUGCUGCAUUUAAUUCCCUCAUCCAAGUCAUUAAUAUAUAUUGUAAACAACUGGGGUCCCAGCACUGAGCCUUGCGGUACCCCACUAGUCACCGCCCCAUUCUGAAAAGGUCCCGUUUAUUCCCACUCUUUGCUUCCUGUCUGCUAACCAAUUCUCCAUCCACAUCAAUAGCUUACCCCCAAUACCGUGUGCUUUAAGUUUGCACACUAAUCUCCUGUGUGGGACCUUGUCAAAAGCCUUUUGAAAAUCCAAAUAUACCACAUCCACUGGUUCUCCCCUAUCCACUCUACUGGUUACAUCCUCAAAAAAUUCUAUGAGAUUCGUCAGACAUGAUUUUCCUUUCACAAAUCCAUGCUGACUUUGUCCGAUCAUUUCACCGCUUUCCAAAUGUGCUGUUAUCACAUCUUUGAUAACUGACUCCAGCAGUUUCCCCACCACCGAUGUUAGGCUAACCGGUCUAUAAUUCCCUGGUUUCUCUCUCCCUCCUUUUUUAAACUCAUCAGUUAAUAACUCAUCAGGGCUGAUUGACAAGUUUGUGGCCUAAGGUAGAAGGAGGUGAGUUAUUAACUUCAAAAUUUCUGCAUAAUCACUCAAAGAGCUGAACUGCAUGUGCAUGUAACGAGAGCCGUAUAACUCAUCUCCUUCUACCCCAGGCCACAAACUUAUCAAUCACCCCUGCUGUGGACGCUUUCUGGAGGUGCAAGAGCCAUAUGCUCCACGACCGCUAAACUAAGUGUGUAAAUGUAGGAGGGGACUAUGUUGAAAAAUAAAUGUGCUAAGUUUUAUAAAAUUGACUCCUUCUAUCUUAGGCCAUGAACUUAUCAAUCACCCCCUAUAUCCAACAGUGGAAGCCACGGAAAUGGUUUGUGGUUUUAGUGUGUUGUGCCAUGUUGACAACAAUGGAACCAAACAUUUGGGAGACAAUAAAAUUCACUCACUGCGCCUAUGCACACCUCUUGCAAUUUGUGACCCUCAUUUCUGCUCAAAACUUUUCAUUGAACAAACAGAGUAUUGUAAUACACUGAAAAGGCUGAGAAGCUAAUUCCAUUAAUUACAGAGUAGGAUUUUCACUGUAAAUUUGUAAGUCAUUAUGUUGCUUUGGAAAGAAAUAACUGCUUUUAUUUUACUGACCAUUUUAUUUUCUCCAAUAGCUUUAUACUGUGUGUGCUGCUGUAUAUGAUUAAUAAACAAUUGUUCAUGA